UAUUCAAAGCAGACAGGAAAAAUAUGGAAGGAGAGAGAAGGAAAGCACAUAUUCAGAUUUCCUGGUUGUACUUCCUUUUUCUGGGGAAAUAUGUACCUUGCAGCUAUUAUGAGUCAUGACAAUGCAAGAUCAUGAGGCAAACAUUGGAGGAGAAGGGGAAGAAAAUUUUUCCUGUGGUGAUUUAUAGCUACCAAUAACCUUCCACAGUGGUUGCCUUAUCAACUUAUUAUUCUGGCAUCUUCUGCUCUUGUUAGUAAACAUAGAGCUAAGUACUCCUAAUCUCAAGAGAGAGACUUCGUACAGUAUGUUCUGUACAAAACUGAAAGACUUGAAGAUCACAGGAGAAUGUCCUUUCUCCUUACUGACUCAAGGUCACAUUCCUGAGGAACAUGACAAGGACUGCACAGAAAACAGCUCUAGAGCAGCUUUGCCCAUCUGCAAAGAAGUCCAUGAAAAAGAUGGUCAAGGAAACCUUCCACAAAGGAAAACGAGCAGAAGUAGAGUGUAUCUGCACACACUAACGGAAAGCAUCUGCAAACUAAUCUUUCCUGAGUUUGAAAGGCUAAAUCUUGCACUGCAGAGAACACUUGCAAAACACAGAAUUAAAGAAACCAGAAAAACUGGUGACAGAGACGAUUUUGAAAAAAUAAUCAGUGAUCAUGCUAAUGCAGCAGGUGUUCCCGUGGAGUCUCUACGGGAAUCUCUUGGUGAAGAGCUAUUCAAAAUAUGCUAUGAAGAGGAUGAACACAUAUUAGGGGUUAUUGGAGGCACCCUAAAGGACUUCUUGAAUAGUUUCACUACUCUGCUGAAGCAGAGUGGCCACAGCCAAGAAGCAGGAAAAAAGGACAGACUUGAAGAUGCCUCCAUAUUAUGCCUGGAGAAAGAUCAGGACUUCUUAAAUGUUUAUUAUUUCUUUCCUAAAAAAAUCACAAGUCUUAUUAUACCUGGUAUCAUUAAAGCAGCAGCUCAUAUUUUGUAUGAAACUGAGGUGGAAGUGAUGCUCAUGCCUCCUUGUUUCCAUAAUGACUGCACUGAAUUUGCUAAUCAGCCUUAUUUGCUGUAUUCUAUACAAGUCAAAAGUGCAAAACCUUCCUUAUCUCCAUGUAAACCACAGUCUUCACUUGUGAUUCCUGCCUCUGUGUUCUGUAAGACUUUCCCAUUUCAUUUUAUGUUUGACAAGGAUAUGUCGGUUCUUCAAAUUGGAAAUGGGAUAAGAAGACUUUUGACCAGGAGAGAAUUUCAAGCUAAGCCAAAUUUUGAAGAGUAUUUCGAAAUUCUUACCCCCAAAGUAAGCUGCACUUUUAGUGCAAUAAUGACCAUGCUAAAUAUGCAGUUUACUGUACGAGUUAGAAGAUGGGAUAAUACUGAUACGAAACCAUCCAUGGUAAUGGAUCUUAAAGGCCAAAUGAUCUAUAUUUUUGAAUCCAGUGCCAUUCUAUUCUUGGGAUCUCCCUGUGUGGACAGACUAGAAGAUUUUACAGGACGUGGAUUGUACCUCUCUGAUAUUCCCAUUCACAAUGCUUUAAGAGAUGUUGUUCUGAUAGGAGAGCAGGCCAGAGCCCAGGAUGGACUGAAGAAGAGGUUAGGAAAGCUAAAAGCAACCCUUGAGCAGGCCCAUCAAGCACUUGAAGAAGAGAAGAAGAAGACUGUAGAUCUUCUGUUUUCAAUUUUUCCUGGAGAGGUUGCUCAGCAGCUGUGGCAGGGACAAGUUGUACAAGCCAAGAAAUUUAAUAAUGUCACAAUGCUUUUUUCUGACAUUGUUGGAUUCACUGCCAUCUGUUCCCAAUGCUCACCUAUGCAGGUUAUCACCAUGCUUAAUGAGCUUUAUACUCGCUUUGAUUACCAAUGUGGAGAGCUAGAUGUCUACAAGGUUGAGACUAUUGGAGAUGCCUACUGUGUUGCUGGAGGCUUACACAAAGAAAGUGAAACACAUGCUGUUCAAAUAGCACUGAUGGCCCUGAAGAUGAUGGAACUGUCAGACGAGGUGGUGUCUCCCCAUGGAGAGCCUAUCAAGAUGCGUAUUGGCCUUCAUUCUGGAUCCGUCUUUGCUGGAGUUGUUGGGGUUAAAAUGCCUCGUUAUUGCCUUUUUGGAAAUAAUGUGACCCUUGCCAAUAAGUUUGAAUCUUGCAGUAUACCUAGAAAAAUAAAUGUCAGCCCAACAACUUACAGGUUGUUAAAGGAAUACCCAGGUUUUGUGUUCACACCGCGCUCAAGGGAGGAGCUUCCACCAAAUUUUCCAAGUGAUAUUCCUGGAAUUUGCUAUUUUCUGGAUGCUUAUAUUCAAGGAACAAACUCACAGACUUGGUUUCAAAAGAGAGAUUUGGGAGAUGGCAAUGCCAAUUUUUUUGGUGAGGAAACAGGAAUAGACUAAAUUGUACAUUCACAAAUGUAUAGAAUAAAUUUAUAAAUAUU